UCACGGUUCGUUUUUUGCUUUGUUGACAUACUUAUUCGCUUUGCAGAGCAGUUUUUUUAUAUUCGGGAAAUUGAUCUGAGAUUUUAGACAAAAUGUAGAGCUUUAAAACCGUGAACGAUGGGUUUAUAUUGGUGCAUAAACAAUAAAAGAAUAAUCUUCGUUGGAACAUACAGAACUAAACUGAAAAACUUAUGGUUCGCGAAAUUCAUCUUUUUGCAACCUGCUCAAAAUGGAACACGGCAAAAAGUUGCAUGAUUGGAUGCACAGCUUCAGCGUUGGAGAAACCCGCAACCAUAACGGAUACACCAUCUACAAAAUUACGUCGAUCGUUUUUCCUCGUUAUCUGCCCGAGGCGCUAUCCAGCGUGACGCUUUGGAAACGCUUCAGUGACGUCAAGAAGCUCUACAAAGAUCUCGCUCGGAAGCACCGCGAACGGCACCUUACCGGGACAGUUCCUAAGUUGACGGAUAAAACAUUCUUCAAGCGAUUCGAUGCCAAGAUAAUCGAGGAGCGAAAAAAUUACAUCCUAAAGCUUCUGGAGUUCGCCAGCAAAGAACCCAUCCUUUACCAGUCGCAUGCGUUUGUGAAAUUUUUCGAGAGGGGAAUUUCUCCGGAGGGAAGUCCUGUUAAAGGCGGUAAUAUAGCAGCAAUUUGCGAGGACCUGGCCAUACCCAUUCCACGGGAGAUUGCGCUGGUGGAUCCCACCCGUGAUGAGGGUGACGGAGGUGUUGUGGAGGAAUGCUGCGAUGGGGUUGAUGUUAGUACGACGGGGUCUGUGAGGACAGGAAACGGUUCGAUGAUAGACUCAGUACUAUCUCAGUCUAGUGCUCUGUCCGUGCUGGAGUCACAAGAAUUGGACGGAAAUGGGAUAGAUGUAGUAGAUCAGAUGAACAUUACGAUGGAUUAUAUCGUGGAAGCUGCAAUACUUUUCAGCACAGCAGUUCAGGCCGAAGCAAGCGGGAAUUUCAAAACUGCGUUUGAAGAGUACAAGGCUGGGAUUGAUAUACUUCUUUCGGGGGCAAAGACCGACACAAAUCCAGUUCGGAAGAAAAUGGCCAAAGAAAAAACCAGUAAGUACGUUUUACGAGCAGAGGAAAUCUACGAGAAGUAUCUCCUGCAUCAGGAGGACGGAGAUGUUUUGCAAUUUAGUCCAAUUGCGCUCCCGAGCUCGCCGAUUCAGCUACUUGAGCGCCCAUUGAACUAUUUAUCCCGCUACAAAGUGGUGCAGGUGGUGGACGGUCGCUUGAUGCAAGUUCAGGAUUGCACCGAUAAGAAAUUCUACAUUAUGAAGGGAAUCCGGAAGCCUCCGGGAGUUUCUUCGCAAGGGUUAUUUUUUCCUUGUGAUAUUCCCUACAUGGUUCCGUUGGUAGCCUAUUUUCAAUCCGAUUCUAGUGUGUUUUUGCUUCUGAAGCUUGUGUGUGGUGGAAAGCUUUGGGAUUACAUUUGUAGCUAUCGAAAAACAGAUAAGAUGAUUGACAUCGAAGGUUCUGUUGGUGAACAGGAAGAUUUCGCCUCGGAAAUUUGUCCAACUCUUGAAUCGUCAAAUGAAUCUGACUGCAGCCAGACCGCCGUUUACGAUUCUGGCUUCGUUGAUCUCGUUAAUGAGUGUAGUAGCAAGGCUGAACGGAUGCUUCAAGGGCAACCAAGCGAUGAGAUUGAAGAGGCACAGGAGGCGGAUUAUAUCGACGAAGUAGAUUGCAUCGAUUCUGUGCUAGAGGAGGAGACCUUCUCGGAUUACAUUCCAUCGUUCGAAGUUCUCUCGAAGGAUAUGGACGCUAGUGAUCUCGUUAACUGCAGUCAACAACUGUUGAAGGCAGUCAACCAAACGCUCGAGCAAUCUCAGCAGCAACCAGAUCCGAUCGAAAGACAAUGCACGGAGAAAAGCAGGGAAGUGGCACAGACUGAAGAGCCAAAACGUCUUCAGAUUGAUUCUAGUCAAUUUAAAACUUAUGUAAACGAAAAUAUUGCGGGAGCCGAUCCUCUUCCCGAAGGCUGUAUUAAACGUUGGAUCAGUGAACUUAUCAUUGCGGUGGAUACUUUACAUUCCAAUGGAAUCAUUUGCGGGGACCUCACAAUGGACAACCUUCUGCUUGGCUCAGAUGGGCAGCUCAUGCUGACGUACUUCUAUCGGAAGGAAAAUUUUCUCAGUGUAUCAUUCCCAACCAUGGAACUGCGCCAAGGAGCUGUCCAACGGCUCUACGUUGCACCGGAGCGCCCCCUAGAACCUAAAUCCGACUUCUGGUCGGUUGGGGUGCUUCUGUUCGAAAUGCUAACCAGGAAAAGCUUCGUUUCGUGCCAUCCAGCGGGUGUGUUUUGCUACCACGAGGUGCAAUAUCCGGAGGAUGCCCAAGUUUCUGACGAAGCAAAAGAAUUGCUGGAUGGGCUGCUGCAACCUCUGCCAGAGAAUCGAAUUGACUUCAAAUGGAUCAUUGCGAGACCGUUUUUUCAUACCAUCGAUUGGAGUGACGUGAAACAAAGAGGCCAAACAUGAGCGCAAUAGAAUUGGAAUUAAAAGUACUAAGUGGAGUGAACAAAUCAAUGUGGUGCAAAUAUAACCCCAACAAUAAGACUAGCGAAUGGAAUAACCGAUUACUAUACGUGUUUUUGUGAAAGACAAUUUAGUGUUAUAAAUAUUUAU